CGCGGGCUCCCACGCCGGCCUCCAAGCCGCUAGUCCGCUGCCCUCCGCUCUCCGGGGUCUCCUCGCCUCCGCCGCGCCGCGGCUUCCCCGGCUUCCCGCUGUCUGGGCGGGGGAGCUGCCCCCCUGCGGAGGGGAGGAGCGAGGCCAAGCCGGGCGUCCUCAGGGCGGGCUUCGUCGCGGAGAAGCGGGGACGAGGCCCGGGGAUGAGCCGCGGAGGGCGGCGCGGGCCCUGACGCGAGUUGGGGCCGCGACUCUCGGCUGCAAGACGAGCAAGCCCGCGGAGACGCCCUGGCCGGGUGCACGCGCCGGGCGGAGCGCGCAGGUGGGGCUGCGCUCGCCGCGGGGCUCCCGGCGCGAGUACCCAGCCCGCCGGAAGAUGGGCACCGGCGCCCUGGGGCUGCGCCCGAGGCUGCUGCCCCAGAGCCUUCAGCGAGCCCGGCGUCCGACCCGUGCUCUGCGCUCAUGGACGGCGGCUCCCGGCUGGCGGCGGCGCGCCCCCGGGCUGUGAAUGCGACUCGCCCCUCGGCCGCGCUCCCCGCCCGCCCGCCCGCCGGGACGUGGUAGGGGAUGCUCAGCUCCACUGCCAUGGCAGUUGGCGCGCUGUCCAGUUCCCUCCUGGUCACCUGCUGCCUGAUGGUGGCUCUGUGCAGUCCGAGCAUCCCGCUGGAGAAGCUGGCCCAGGCGCCGGAGCAGCCGGGCCAGGAAAAGCGCGAGCACGCGUCUCGGGACGGCCCGGGGAGGGUGAGCGAGCUCGGGCGCCCAGCUAGGGACGAGGUCGGCAGCAGCCGGGACUGGAAAAGCAAGAGCGGCCGUGGGCCCGCCGGCCGGGAGGCGUGGAGCAAGCAGAAGCAGGCCUGGGCCGCCCAGGGCGGGGGCGCCAAGGCCGGGGACCUGCAGGUACUGCCCCGUGGAGACACCCCGCAGGGGGCGCCCCUGGCCGCAGCCGUCAAAGACGCGGCGGGCCCGGACCCCGCGCCCACGCCGGAACCGCCCGAGGAGUACGCGUACCCGGACUACCGCGGCAAAGGCUGCGUGGACGAGAGCGGCUUCGUGUACGCCAUCGGAGAGAAGUUCGCGCCCGGGCCCUCGGCCUGCCCGUGCCUAUGCACCGAGGAGGGGCCGCUGUGCGCGCAGCCUGAGUGCCCGCGGUUGCAUCCGCGCUGCAUCCACGUCGACACUAGCCAGUGCUGCCCUCAGUGUAAGGAGAGGAGGAAUUACUGCGAAUUCCGGGGCAAGACCUACCAGACUCUGGAGGAGUUCGCGGUGUCCCCGUGUGAGAGAUGCCGCUGUGAAGCCAACGGGGAGGUGCUGUGCACAGUGUCCGCGUGUCCUCAGACCGAGUGUGUGGACCCCGUGUACGAGCCUGACCAGUGCUGCCCCAUCUGCAAAAAUGGUCCAAACUGCUUCGCAGAAACCGCGGUCAUCCCAGCAGGCAGGGAGGUGAAGACUGAUGAAUGCACCAUCUGUCACUGCACGUACGAGGAGGGCACGUGGAGGGUCGAGCGGCAGGCCAUGUGCACGAGACACGAGUGUAGGCAGAUGUAGACGUGGGACCACACGAACUCUGACGUUUUCCUAGGAUAUUUUACUGCUGUGAACUUCUAGGUGACUCUGGGAAAUGUCAAUCCAAAGGAAAAGACUUUUAAUGAGGAUUAAUGGAAAACUGUUGGUGCUUCUGCUGUUCUCGGUAACAAUUACUGCAAGAGAAGGAAAUGGAUAUAUUUCAAACAUCAAGAACUUUGGGCAUAAAAUCCCUCUCUAAAUAAAUGUGCUAUUUUCACAGUAAGUACAUGAAAGUACACUAUUAUAUAUUAAAUGUAUUUCUAUAAUCCCUCUAUUAGAGAGCUUAUAUAAAUGUUUUCUAUAGAUACAGAUUAAAAUGCUGUGCUGUCAACCGUCUUCGCUGUGUUCCUGCAUAUCUUUCUCAGUUCUGAUUCCAUCGCAUGAUAUUGUUUGUGGCUGCUGACUCUCCUCCAUGUCUUAUGAAAGUGUACCCAUUAAUGGAACAUGGGGAAAUAGGAUGAUGUCUACUGAAAUUGUUCCAUUGCAGAGAUAUA